GGUCUCUCACAUCUUCUCCACUUCUAUCACCAGUGCAAAACCUUCACGAUACAACAAAUAAAGCGGUGGAAGAGAAUGACCAUUUCCACGCCAAGCCCAUUCGUGUAAAGUACAUUCCUAUUGAAUGGCACAAGCAUAUCCAUGAUGAAACAGAUCAAGCCAUGAAUGAUAUCACGUUACGAUCCGUUUCCUCUUUGCGCAUGGUCAACAACGAUUACCUCGCCGACGCGUUUUUUUACCUGUCGAAAGAUCGAGGGCAAAGCAUCAUUCAUCAUGUCACUCAAGCAUUCAACGAAGCCUAUGUUCACUUCAUGGCCGAACACCCCUCUUUUCAGGGCAAAAUCGCCAUUUUAGCUUAUUCUUUAGGCGGCAUCAUCACUUGGGAUAUCCUCUCCAAUCAGUCAUACUCCUUAUCUGUGAAUAACCUGUCAGAAGAAGAGAGACGCUUUCGAGCACAUCACUAUGGCAAAGUGGAUUACUUUACAUUUGCUCCAUUACUCUUCAAGCCGGAUUACUUGUUUACUUUGGGAAGUCCUUUGAGUGCCUUCUUAUGUAUCAGAAAUCAAGACCCAAAAUAUUAUCGUCCUACACAAGAUAUCAUUUUCGAAAACAUCUUUCAUCCCUAUGAUCCCUUGGGUUAUCGCUUUGAACCUAUGCUGAGUGAUGACUACAAACACACACCUGCUGUUUUAAUCGAUGCUGCUACUUCUCCUACUGUCACGGCUGCUUCUGCAACAACGUCUUCUUUUAGUCCAAACAAGCUUUUCUCUAGGUCGCCCUUCACUUCAUCUCGUACAACAUCCGCCGCCGCCGCCGCCGCCACCCACGCCGCCAGCAGUCAUAGCACUAGUACGAGUAUUCACCCUUUAUCCCUUGAACCUUGUUGUUACCCACAGGGGGACACAUCUUGCAUCCAUGUGCCUUGCCUUCCUGAUCCACAGGGUGACAGCUCAACGACAUUGCUGAAAACCUUUUUCUCAUCCCUGAAACGUUAUUUUUCUCCAGCUCAUACUCCAACCUUUAUACCCCAAUCUUAUGUACCAUCAUUCGAAGAAGAAGAAGAAGAGGGAAUGCUCUAUGACUCCUCCACUCUAUCUACACCCAAACUCUCCUUAGAUGGCAGUGUCGUUUCUUCUGAUGACGAAGAAGAAAGAAGCCCCGUUGAUUCAAACAUGUUUCUCUUUGAAAAAAGUACUACUACUACUGCUACUACGAUGCAUGACUAUAUUACCGUGUCAGCUAUAGACGGAACGACAGAAAUAGCAACAGCAGCAACAACAACAACAGCAGCCGAGCUCAAGGGUACUCCUAUUUUACAGCCACCCCACAGCAGUAAAAAACGCUCUUAUUCUUCGUCCACUCUGUUGCCCCUUGAAGAAGAAGAACAAGUCAAGAAGGAGACCCUCAACAGGAUCAAAAGGCUCAAAAAGGCCCCUUUAUCUCAAGAAUCCAUUCAACUCUUAAAUACAACCCUCACUCGAUCAAGUACAGUGCAAUAUACCGAAAAAGAAGACCAAGAUCAAAAUGACUACCUCUGCAAUCAUCACUAUUACAAGAACAACAAUAGACAGAAACGAAUUGACUAUGUUUUAAGGCCUGAACGUCUUUUAGGUGGUCUUUUACGGAAAAACGAGUACAUGAGUGGUCUUACUGCUCAUUUCUCCUAUUGGUCUAACAAGGAUUUGAUGUGGCAUUUGGUGCGUCGACUUGAAAAUACAAAUGAAACUGUUUGAAUAUACCCCCCAUGUAUCCAUCCAAAGUAAUACCUUUAGGCAAUUAGAUGUAAAGAAACUUUAUUUAGUAAAUAGUUUGUAAUAAAAGUACAGAAUCAUUCAAUAUAGCAC